AAGCCAUAAUCAAGUGCCUUGAAGAAGAUGAGUGUGCCAAGCUACUCGGAUAAAUUCAUAUUGACUGAUGGUAAUAAGGAUGACGACAUUCCAAAUUUGCCCCAUGGGCCCUUGGAUAUAUACAGGAGAAAGGCCUCCUUCAACUGGAAAGAUAUGGCCAGGUUCAUCGAUGGUGAAGAGAUCCUGGCAUUCAAGCGGAACGUGUGGACGACGCUGGAGAACGACCCGCUGUUCGCCCGGCAGCCUGGUGAGGACGUGUCGCUGGAGCGCAUGCGGGAGCUGAACUUCCGCCGCUGCAAGCAGCUGUUCCGCUACGACUUCCUGACGCGAGAUGACAUGAUGCAGACGCCCUGGAAGACCACUGUGCUCAACGACUGCCUGGGCAUGUACGAUUGGUCCAUGGGUGCCAAGUUCUUCCUCAACAAAGGCAUGUUUGGCGCGACAGUGGGCAACUCAGGAUCCAAGCGGCACGAGAAGUUUGUCCAGAGCACUGAGAACAUGAUGACCUUUGGGUGUUUUGCAUUGACUGAACUGAGCCAUGGCAGCAACACCAGAGCCAUGAGGACAACAGCCAAGUAUGACCCAAGCACACAGGAGUUUGUCAUCCACAGUCCAGACUUCGAGGCGGCCAAGUUCUGGGUGGGGAACCUGGGCAAGACGGCGACCCACGCCGUGGUCUUCGCCCAGCUGCACACGCCAGACGGGGUCUGCCACGGCCUGCACUCGUUUGUCGUCCAGGUGAGAGACCCUAAGACCCUGUUGUCCAUGCCUGGGGUCACUGUAGGAGACAUGGGCAAGAAGCUUGGCCAGAAUGGCCUGGACAAUGGGUUUGCCAUGUUCCAUAAUGUGCGGAUCCCGCGGGAGAAUCUGCUGAACAAGACGGGCGACGUGACCCCGGAGGGGAAGUACGUCACACCAUUUAAGGACCCCAAUAAGAGGUUCGGAGCGUCUCUGGGUGCCCUGUCUGGGGGGCGCGUGUCCAUCUCCAGGAUGGCGGUGGUCAACCUGAAGCUGGCCACGACCAUUGCCAUCCGCUUCUCCGCCACCCGCCGCCAGUUUGGACCCAAAGACGACGAGGAGAUCCCCGUGCUGGAGUACCAGUUGCAGCAAUGGCGGCUCAUCCCCUACCUGGCAGCGGUGUAUGCUCUGGAGCACUUCUCCAAGACCUUCUUCAUGAACUUUGUGGAGCUCCAGAUCGGCCUCAUGAUGGGGGACAAGAGCGACAGACAGGCCGAGCUGGGGAGAGAGAUCCACGCCCUGUCGUGCUCCAGUAAGCCCCUGGGCUCCUGGACGGCCCAGAGAGGCAUUCAGGAGUGCAGGGAGGCCUGUGGUGGACACGGCUACCUCGCUAUGAAUCGCCUCGGCGAGAUCCGCGACAACAAUGACCCCAACUGCACGUACGAGGGCGACAACAACGUGCUUCUGCAGCAGACCAGCAACUACCUGCUCAGCUGGCUGCACCACAAGCAGAGAGGCCAAGGCCCUAUUGAGUCUCCGCUGGAGUCGGUGAACUUCCUGGAGGACUUUAGCUCCAUCCUGCAGAGCCACUUCACCGCAGGCUCCAUGGAGGAAUGCUUGGACUCAGCAGUGCCGCUGGCAGCCUAUAAGUGGCUGGUGUGUUUCCUACUGAAGCAAAGUGAGGAGAAACUGGCUCUGGAGAAGACUAAAGCCAUGGGGGACUUUGAGGCCAGGAACAACAGCCAGGUGUACUACUGCCGUUCCUUGUCCAUCGUCUACAUCGAGCACACGGUCCUGCAGCGGUUCCACGAUCUGGUCCAUGACGCGGACACUCCAGCUGGCCUCAGACCUGUGCUGCUGCGCCUGGCCACCCUGUACGGUCUCUGGAGCCUCAGCAACCACAUGGCCAUACUGUACCAGGGAGGAUAUUUCUCUGGCAAGGCGCCUGCAGACUUCAUCCAGACAGCUAUCCUCCACCUCUGCACUGUGCUGAAGGACGAUGCGGUGGCGCUGGUGGACGUAAUCGCUCCCCCCGACUUCAUCCUCAACUCUCCCAUUGGCAAAGCCGACGGUGAGUUGUACAAGAACAUGUGGGCCGCCGUGAUGCAGGGCGAUAAAGUUCUGGAACGUCCAUCCUGGUGGAAAGAGUUCUGCUCGGACAAACCUGAAGUGGGCUCCCUCCGGGCCAAGCUGUAGGCCUGUCACUAGUGGACGGUUACCAUGGCUACCACAG